GCGCAGAACUUGGAGCCCACGUGAAGUUGUCGCUCUCCUUUCAGAGGGGGACGGAGCUUCGGCAAAAGCUGGGGAGUGAGGACUGCCGUGUCCGCGCGCGAGCUCUCUUUUCUUCUCCUCCCUGCCAGUCCUCAGCCCGAGUUUGGCUGCCCUCCUUUCCUCCUCCCCCUCGGAGCCGCUCCCCCCGCCCCGCUUCUCCCCCACUCGUGGACGCUAUUUGUUGGGGGGUGGCCGAAGGGGAUGUCCUGUUUUCGCCAGAGGCACAGCGCGGAGGGGAGACUUCGGCACUGGAAGGAGCGAGAGUAAAUACCUAAAUACAGAGGCACAGAUUCGCGGCUGGGACGGGCACUCGAACCUCCGGAUCCCGAGGCGGUCCGCGCGGCGGGAGAUAGUCCAAUUUUAAUUGAAGGAAGCUGCUUCUACUUGGGAGUGGCAGGAGAAGUGAGAAAACCACAUGGAAGACUCCCAGGAUUUAAAUGAACAAUCAGUAAAGAAAACGUGUACAGAAUCAGAUGUUUCAGAACCUCAGAAUUCCAGGUCUAUGGAAAUGCAGGACCUAGCAAGUCCUCAUUCUCUUGUUGGAGGGGGUGAUACUCCUGGCAGCUCUAAACUGGAGAAAGCUAACCUUAGCAGCACGUCAGUCACCACAAAUGGGACAGGAGGGGAAAAUAUGACUGUUUUAAACACUGCAGACUGGUUGCUGAGUUGCAACACUCCCUCUUCAGCCACAAUGUCUCUUCUUGCAGUCAAAACAGAGCCUUUGAACAGCAGUGAAACCACAGCCACGACUGGAGAUGGAGCGCUUGAAACUUUUACUGGGUCAGUAAUAACAAGUAGUGGCUACAGCCCCAGAUCAGCACAUCAAUAUUCCCCACAGCUAUAUCCUUCCAAGCCCUAUCCACACAUUCUUUCUACACCAGCAGCUCAAACAAUGUCUGCCUAUGCAGGCCAGACUCAGUAUUCGGGGAUGCAGCAGCCAGCCGUCUACACAGCCUACUCACAGACAGGACAGCCCUACAGCCUGCCCACUUACGAUUUGGGCGUGAUGUUGCCAGGCAUCAAAACAGAGAGUGGACUUUCACAGACUCAGUCCCCAUUACAGAGUGGGUGCCUCAGUUACAGCCCAGGGUUUUCUACCCCACAACCCGGCCAGACACCUUAUUCUUACCAGAUGCCAGGUUCUAGUUUUGCACCAUCAUCUACUAUUUAUGCAAAUAAUUCAGUUUCCAAUUCAACAAAUUUCAGCGGUUCACAACAGGAUUAUCCAUCCUACACAGCCUUUGGCCAAAACCAGUAUGCACAGUAUUACUCAGCAUCAACGUAUGGGGCAUAUAUGACAUCGAAUAACACGGCCGACAGCACAUCGUCCUCAACCUCCACCUAUCAGUUGCAGGAGUCUCUCCCAGGACUGACUAGCCAACCAGGUACAGAUCUUUAUCCAGGAGAGUUUGAUACUGUACAGAGCCCCUCCACACCCAUCAAAGACCUUGAUGAGAGAACAUGUAGGAGCUCGGGGUCAAAGUCCCGAGGAAGAGGCCGGAAAAACAAUCCCUCCCCACCUCCGGACAGUGACCUGGAGCGUGUAUUUGUCUGGGAUUUGGAUGAAACCAUCAUUGUUUUUCACUCACUGCUCACAGGGUCUUAUGCCCAGAAGUAUGGCAAGGAUCCCCCCAUGGCUGUAACUCUUGGACUCCGAAUGGAGGAAAUGAUUUUUAAUCUUGCUGAUACCCAUCUAUUUUUUAAUGAUUUAGAGGAGUGCGAUCAGGUUCACAUAGACGAUGUUUCCUCUGACGAUAAUGGGCAGGACUUAAGUACCUACAGUUUUGCAACUGAUGGCUUCCAUGCAGCUGCAAGUAGUGCAAACCUUUGUUUGCCAACAGGUGUAAGAGGAGGGGUUGACUGGAUGAGGAAGUUGGCUUUUCGUUACAGAAGAGUAAAAGAGUUAUACAACACCUACAAGAACAAUGUUGGAGGACUCCUUGGCCCUGCCAAGAGGGAUGCGUGGCUGCAGUUACGGGCAGAGAUCGAAGGUCUGACGGACUCCUGGCUAACAAAUGCACUGAAAUCCUUAUCAAUUAUUAGUACCAGGAGUAACUGCGUAAAUGUCUUGGUAACCACCACCCAACUGAUCCCAGCACUUGCGAAGGUUCUGCUCUAUAGUUUAGGAGGCGCUUUCCCCAUUGAGAAUAUUUACAGCGCAACUAAAAUAGGCAAGGAAAGCUGUUUUGAGCGUAUAGUGUCCAGAUUUGGCACUAACAUAACUUAUGUUGUGAUUGGAGAUGGCCGAGAUGAGGAGCAUGCCGCUAACCAGCACAACAUGCCCUUUUGGAGAAUAUCAAGCCACUCAGACCUCUUGGCUCUACAUCAAGCACUGGAAUUAGAGUAUUUGUAACUGCAUUCACUAGCUGAAGAUCCGUUUUUUUAUAUUUCAAGUACACUGAAUUUUUAUGUGUGAUUCAAUGCCUCUGGCUUUACACAUAUAAAUUGUCUUAAAGAAUGAAAUCAUAUUUGGAAUGAAAAUUCCAGAAGGAAGAAUUCAGAUUGCUGAAUGGAAUUACACUUUAGUGCUACAGAAAGGAAGCUCUAUGGUCUUAUAUUUACCACACUUUAAUGGUUUAAAAAAAUAUAUCUGUGGAGGUUGCUGGUACCCACCAAAUAAGUCCCAACUGGAAUUACUAGUCUUGGCAAAGAACUCUUUACCUGGCAAAGCACCAGCCCUCACUCCGUCUGACAAGGUGGCGGUCAACAACAUUCCUCACAGUGGGAGACCCUCUCAGCCCUGAGGUUUGAAUCUGGCUUUAACCUCCCUAGCCCAGAAAAUCUGAAUUGGAAUGCACUCAGACUGUAUAAGGACAAUUCUAUCUAGACCUGUAAUUUGUGUAAAUUAUUGAUGGAAAUAAUUUACUGUGACUAUAUUAGCAGCUGACUUUGAAAGUGGAUGCAAUUUUUCUUUCAUUUGUUGGGAAGGGGAGUGGGAGGGGAAAUGGGAAUCUAAUAAUGUCUUCUUUUUUAAGUUUGGCAAACAGAAUGUUCAUACUGAUGUGUUGUGCCUUAAAGACAAGAGGGCGUUUGUGUGUUACAACGUAACUUUGGUUAAAAUCUCUGUAGAUAAUGAAAAACAAAAAAACCUUUGUGAUCAUUCUUAAGAUGACCAAAUUUAAAAUUUAAGCUACCAAGCUUACUACUGCGUCAGCAAGAAACUGAGUAUUUGUUGCAAUAAGAAAACAGUAAGAAUAAAGGAAAGCUUGUGUUUUAUUUGGGUUCUUAAUAAUUCCAGGAAUUGUAUGAGGCAACUAUUUGUGCAUCCAACUAUAAGCAGAAGGUUUGGGAAAGACUGUGGGACCUUUACUUAGAAAGUGAAAUGUGUGUUAAAGUCUCGAAUACCCUUUCUACAGUUUUACUGGAGAAAACUAUGGGCCAUAUUCAUGACAACUUAUGCUAUUUUGAGUUUGGCAUUUCGAUAUGUGUAAGUUGCAAAGAGGAAAAUAUUUUCACAAAAAGCAUAAGCAAAUGUCACCCAAACCUUUUUACAAUAUGUCAUGAAUGUGGCUUAAAAUUCACAUUGAGUGAACAUGGCUUUAAAUAAGACUAAGUGCAUUUAAUCCCAAGGCCAUUACAAAAAUGAAAUGUCAUCAGUAGUGGAAGGUGAAUGCCCCAGGUGGCUUCUUAGGAAAGAAACAAAUAAAUGAAAAUCCUGCCUAGAAUAUCAUAAAAUAAGUUAGCAAGCGAGCCAGAUCUUGGCAGCACUACUGAAAUUACAACAAUGAAAUUGUACCUGGUUCCUGUCUUAACCCAUCAAUCCAGUUUCUCUCCAUUGGAGACCAGUGUACCUUGGUUUCUGCCCCUACUGUCACUGCACAAUGGGCUGCAUUCAUUGCAAGGAGAACCUGCCAUCGUGGUGUUUGCAUGUUUUUUUUUUCUUGGUGUGUAGCCCAUGUUAGAACAUGAUGCAGGUUCUCCUGUCAUUUUGUAUGACAUGACUACCCUCAUGGGGAUUUAAGACUUCAAGAUCUAGUAGCAUUUUCAUGGUGUCUACACCUGCAGUUCUGUGUUUAAAAUGUCAUAAGGUGGACCCUGGAGUCCGGCUGCUAGUCCAGACCCCUAACCAGAGGCUGGUCAAUGACAGUUCAUUAUCUGAGACUGCAGUGGCUCCCAUAUAGUAGGUGCUUUGCAUACUGAUCACAACAUUCACCACAGAGAUAUUUAUUUCCUAGGCUAUAAACCUGUACUUCUUUACUGAAUGCCAAGCCAGGUUUACAUUGGGAAAAAAAGAGAUUGAGAUGCAAUUUUGCAAAUUUUAAGAUUCUGAUUUCAUGACACACACCUUCUUCUUUAAAUUUUGUAGCUUUUGGCUACCUCUGCCCCAAGUACUGUUGCAGACAGAUUAGAGUUGGAAUAUUUUUAAUAAUAAUAAUAAUCACAAUAAUAAUAAUAAUAAUAAAUCUUAAUUUCUAUUGGCCUUUAGCUUGAAAAUAGCAUCUUUAAAAAGGGCUGCAUUGAUUUUGAAUACUUAAUUCUAUUUUGCACACUAAAACCUUAAAUAUGUAUUACUGUGAAUAAAACAAAAUUACCUUUACUGUAUAGUCAGUUUUCUUAAAUGAUAGAAUUGUGGCAUUACAUCUAAAUUUUUCAUUCUUUUUCCUAUCAAACAAGCAAGGCUUCUUAUGCUGCUAACCCUGAAAGUACAGAAAGGAACAGCUCUUCAAAGGGCAAAAAGGAGGGUCACGGGCCCUGUCAUCUAGUACUGUUUCCCAUACACGUCUUCUCCUCUGUGUGUUUGAAAGAGGCUGCCAGCAUAAACUCUAAAAGCCAGGUUGACAGAGGACAGCAGAUGUUGUUUGGCCCAACAGUGGUACAGGCUUGUCAUCUGGAUUUGAGUUCAAACUAGAAUUCUUCUCUUCCCACCAUAGGAACAGAAGACCCUCUUCCUUUCCGAUCUAAAAAAACUAAAACCAACCAACAAAAAAACAGCCCCUUUGGCAGGUCCUACAUUCUUUUGACAUAUAGAAUGUUGUGCCUUAUUAGAAACGAAUUUGAAAGAUGUUCCAUCACUGAAAUGGGUUCUGGCUGCCAUCUGUACAAAGUUGGUAUAUCACUAGGAAAGGUAGGCACCUUGCAUUGCACCUGAAAAUCAUCAAAAUGGGUGGCCGGGCUACAAUAUCAUAGCAUGCACGCUUACAUCACUAUUAACCAUGCAAAAAUUUGUAAAUCAAAUUGAGAGGCAAACGCGUAUUUUCAAAUCAUGCAGUUCGGCCAUAAAAAGUAGAUAACAACUCUCUCAAAAUGUUUUUCCCUAGUCUCUGCUGAGCUAAGAUUCAGAAUAGUAUCAACAGCAUGCUCCAGUAUGAAAUUUUUUCUCUCUCAAAGCACAUUUGUUUGAGACAAGCCUAUAUUCUCAGUGAGUAUGGCAUUUAGUAUUUGUUUUAAAAACAAACUUAAGCAUCAUGAGCCAAAGUUGCAUUUUGACUCCCAACUAUGGUAUCAUUAUGGAAGUCUCACAAAGUAAAGGGUUUCUAUUAUGUAUUAGUAAAGUAUAGAUUAUUGGGGCCUACAUAAUUUAAAGAAAUGUAAAUUAAUAUUAAAAGCUUGUAAAAAUAUGUACAUCUUUACUAUUUCUCAAUAAAUACCUUUGGAAAUGUUUUCAUUUUCUUCACCCUCCCCCAUUAUAGAA